GCCUGGGGCGUGCGGACACCCUCCAGCUCCUCGCGCCUCCCCUCCGCGUCCGCUGCGCCACCAUGACGGAACAGGCCGUCUCCUUCGCCAAGGAUUUCCUGGCCGGGGGCAUCGCCGCCGCCAUCUCCAAGACGGCAGUGGCCCCGAUCGAGCGGGUCAAGCUGCUGCUGCAGGUGCAGCAUGCCAGUAAGCAGAUCGCCGCCGACAAGCAGUACAAGGGCAUCGUGGACUGCAUCGUGCGCAUCCCCAAGGAGCAGGGCGUGCUGUCCUUCUGGAGGGGCAACCUGGCCAACGUCAUCCGCUACUUCCCCACGCAAGCCCUCAACUUCGCCUUCAAGGACAAGUACAAGCAGGUCUUCCUGGGGGGCGUGGACAAGCACACGCAGUUCUGGAGGUACUUUGCCGGCAACCUGGCCUCCGGCGGCGCUGCGGGAGCCACCUCGCUCUGCUUCGUGUACCCCUUGGAUUUCGCCAGAACCCGUCUGGCGGCCGAUGUGGGCAAGUCGGGCACUGAGCGCGAGUUCAAAGGCCUGGGUGACUGUCUGGUGAAGAUCACCAAGUCGGACGGCAUCCGGGGCCUGUACCAGGGCUUCAGCGUGUCCGUGCAGGGCAUCAUCAUCUACCGGGCGGCCUACUUCGGCGUCUACGACACGGCUAAAGGCAAGUUGCCUGAUCCCAAGAACACGCACAUUGUGGUCAGCUGGAUGAUCGCCCAGACGGUGACGGCCGUGGCCGGCGUGGUCUCCUACCCCUUCGACACCGUGAGGCGGCGGAUGAUGAUGCAGUCGGGGCGCAAAGGAGCCGACAUCAUGUACACGGGGACCGUGGACUGCUGGCGCAAGAUCUUCAAGGACGAGGGGGGCAAGGCCUUCUUCAAGGGCGCCUGGUCCAACGUGCUGCGCGGCAUGGGCGGCGCCUUCGUGCUCGUUCUCUACGACGAGCUCAAGAAGGUCAUCUAGGCGCGUCGCGCCGAGGCAGGGGACGGGGCGGGGCGG